AAAACCUUAGUCUUCGUUAAAUCACAUGCAUAUCCCUAAGCUUUUCAUAGAUCUAUAAAAUAUAAUCAUUAUCCGUCUUUUAUAAGUGUUGUUUCUAAUCAGACGGUCACGAGCAUUUGGAUGACGAACACGGGCCAUGGACGUACCAGCAGCCGUCUGAUCCAGAGGCGAGAGAUGGAGGGUGUUCUAGUAAUUUUGUGGGUCUUACACUCCACCGUGUAGAACUCCGCCUGGGGUUUGGGGCAGCUCCUCCUCCGUCGAGUAAUUUUACGCCCAAGACGUCGAGGGUUUCAUUUCAUCCUAAUCCAUCUGUAUCGACUGGAAGAGAGGAUGGAUCCGUCGGAGAUGAGAUAUCUGGAGGUCGAGGAUUCUCCAGUUAUGAAGACAAUUAAGGGCGCUAGUAGGAGCAUUCCAACAGCGAUCUCUGCAGGAUCAGCUCUUGCAUUCACUUCUGCUAUGUUGGAUAUUGGAGGCCGGACAGCAAGAGUUGACAAUGGAAAGGAGUGCUUCCCCUACACUACCGAGAAGAGGUCUACUGCUGAUUGAUUUCUUGUAUGAGGUACUCGGCAUCUUGUAACCACGUCCUCCGUGAUAGGGGGCGGCCCUUGGUGUUUUAGCAGGGAUAGUCCUUGUUCUUCAGUUGUGCUUUUGUUGUUGAUCAUAGUGGUAAUACGUGUUUUGCAGACAAUUAUCAUUUGCAGACAUGACCAAAUGUUGCAAGUGGUAAUUGCAAGUAUUUUUGAAUGAAUUCUUGUGCGUAUAGUGUUAGUAUCGGAAAUGGUUAAUAACUCAAUGUGACGAAGAUGACUUGAUCGGAUUCAUUUUUCAGAUGUUGUCGUCUUAAUGAAUAUAUUGUUUGGUGUUUUAGCA